AUGGGAUAAAUCAUAAAUAGUAUUCAAAAGAAACCUAGUAAUAAUUUAACAAUGCAAAAUGAAUAUUAGCCAGAAUUCAUUAAUUUUAGACAUGCAAUUUCUAUAUUAUCAUAUAAUAUAUUAGCCGCUAUCUAUUGCGAACAGUCAUAAUUUGGUUACGCUCACAAUUAAUAUUUGAAGUUUACUAAUAGAAGUACUAAAAUUAUAGAAUAAUUGAAAAUUUUCAAUGUUGACAUAUUUUGCCUAUAAGAGGUGGAUAACAUAGAAUUUUAUCAAGAACACAUUAAAAAACUAAACUAUGAAUUCUGUUAUGUUUAGAGACCUUAAAGACCUGAUGGAUGUUUAAUUGCUUUCAAAAUUGAAAAAUUCAAGCUGUUGAAAUAUUCAGAGUAUUCUCUUGAUAAGAUGGCAUUAAAUUAUGGACUGCCUCUUUAAUAUCAAAGGUAGAAUGUGUUUCAAAUUGUCAGAUUGGAACAUAUGUAUGUAUUUUUUAAGAUAUAAUAAGACUAACAAAAAAACAGCUAGUAAUUGGAAACAUACAUACAUUCUGGAAUCCAAAUUAGGAUGACUUAAAAUUCUUUUAGAUAGUUCAACUAGUUUAAAAGAUGGAAGCUGAAAAAGAAUCUGAUGAUCAAAUACUUAUAUUUUGUGGAGAUUUAAAUAGUCUCCCUCAUUCUAAUCCAAUACAAUAUAUUUAAAAAAACAAACCAAUAAUUGAAAGAAUAGAAAAAUCUUCAAAUUAAAUUAAGAUAUAAAAGGAGAUAUUCGAACACUAUGGUCCUCCAAAAUUGAAUUGGCAAAGUGCUUAUCAUCCAUUCCCUAAAUUUACUAAUUAUACAAAAGAUGUAAAUUUGAAUAAAAUAAUUAAAUUAGUUUAAAGGUUGUAUUGAUUACAUUUUCUAUCAUAAUGCAAAUGUGGAAAAGAUUUUAAGAUUACCAGAAGAAAGUUUAUUAUAACAAGAAGUAGCUUUACCUAAUAGGAAUUUUCCAAGUGAUCACUUACCUAUUUUAGCAUAUUUUGAUUUUCACUAUUGA